GAAUCUUCCACCAAAUUAACCACUUCCCAUCACUCUCAUUCCAUUCCUCCACAAUCCCCCAGGCUCAAGACAUCUUCAUCUCUGAUCUCUUUCCCCUUGCAAAAUUCACGCUAUCAUACAAUACAAUAGUCGACUAGCUCUGCUCAUAUCGGAGACGGACGAUGGCGAUUAUCACGACUGUGAAGGCUCGGCCAAGGCAAUGUUCAGGACCACCUUGGACAGCAACAUCAUUCCAGACGUUAUAGCUGGUACAAGCUAUAACGUCUGGAAUGUUGCUGCUGUCCAAAGUUGUUGAUAUCUUGGAAGGAAAAAGUCUACUUGUAUUAUUGAUCAAAACGGUGAGCAUUACAUUGUCUGAUUACAUAUAUAUAUAUAUAAUUGUUUCUGUAAAAUAUCAAAGUAAUGCUACAAUAAACGAACAUUACAAAUCAAUCCUUAUACUACAAAUCUGUUACAUUUGAGUCCUCCAACAAAGGUGGUCCUGAACCGAGGCACUUCUGUCUUUGCCCUCCUCACGCAUCGCCACGUGAUCGCUGUUCUCUGUGUGGCCCCGUUCGCCUUCUUCCUUCCUGGAAAACUAAAUAAUUACUUACUUGUGAUGGCAGCUCCCCCGAAGUGAAAACAAAAUUGAAGUGCUGGUCAACUUGGUGCUGGCUGUUCAUGAACGCUGCCACUGGGUAAUCUUCGACCUCGCUUAGCUUGUUCUCCUUAAUUAUCACAAUUCUGGCUGUUCAUGUACUCCUUCCUGACGGGGAAGGCGAAGGAGAUGAAACAGCAACAACUGGAAGGCCGUGACGGCGACCAACAGAAUUCCGGCUCGGGAUCUGAACUUGUUCAAGAAAAAACAGCCCAUGAUUCGAAUUCCCUCAAUAACUAUAUAUGUCGUCGCCUAAUAUUUUAUUCUUCCGCUAUUCAUUUCCCCCUCCUCUUCUACCCUAUCUAUCUAUGCCGGUAAAUCACGACUACAAAUUAACGUACGGGACAUUGACUUUGGAUGUUGGAUCAUGAAUUUAUCAUGUACUACCGUAAUAUUCCAGUAGGUUAUGUUUCUUUUGAUUAGCUUUGAAUGUUUAUGGUAAUUGAUGUUGGCUAUGUGAACAAUAUUAUGGAUCAUGAAUUAUGGUACAGAUCACAGAAUAUUGAUGGGUAUCAUUGUAUGGUAUGAAUUUGGUUACUAUUGAAUAUUAAAUUCCGAGAUUGUUUAUAGUGACAAAAGUAUGUUCAAUAAAUUUAUAAAAAAAAUUAUAUUCUUGGUGAAUCUAUUUAGCGACAAUUUUUAAUUUGUCUCUUUAGUGACCAUUUCAUUUCGUUGCAAAUUCUUUUUAUAUUCACCAUGAAUUAAGUAAGGGUUUGAACUCUUGGAAUAAACAUAUCUAAUUCCAAUUAUGUCAUCCAGUAGCAAGGAUUUUAACCCUAUCUAGUUUUAGCAACGAAUUUAGCAGGGUUUUGAAGCCUUAGUAAGAACAUAUUUUUGGUUUGGAUUUAAAUUAUCAUGUAGCAUGGGUUUUAACACUUGGUAUGAGUAGCGAUGGUUUGAACCUCUGUUACAACCCUUAGUUGGUACUUUCACCGUAAGUUGCUAAAAAUUCUUGCUACUUAUAGCAGAGACAGAAUUGAUGAGGGUUGAUUCAAGGGUUAACAAAAUCCAUGCUACAAUAUAUAUUAGAAUUUAAAACCCUUCCUAUAUGCAAAAAAAAAAAAAAAAAAAACUCCUUCGCAUGGGCCCAUAUUUUUGUAGUGCCAUAAUGGUUUCCAUUUUGUCAAAUUAUGGUUUGCUUUUGACACCUUCAUCGUUUUUUUGUGUCCAACUUGGAUCGGCAUUUUGCAUACCGGAUUUUGCACAAGCAUUUCGUACACCAAGUUAAACCCAACCCGUAAACCUCCUCAAUUUUCCUAGCCUGAGCGCACAGUUCAGAAGGACUGCACAGUCUUUUACUUGCUCGGCAGUUUAGUUAAAAGGCAAAUUAAUUUGAGCUUUAAUUGUUGAUAAUAAAAAAAAAAUAAUAAUCCAACCUUUAAUUCUUGCGGCAUAACUGUAUUAUACAAGCCCGUUGCUUAACUUUAGCUGCUCAAUUCCUAAUUCAGCUUGCAUAAUCCCUCCGGCAUUAAAAAUGGCCAUUGGAAGUUUGGGAAGUAUUUCGAUAUUCAUAUAUGUCUAUUGGUAUAAAUUCCAUCGGAUGAUUUUUUUGUUAAGACAAUGAUUGGGAUAGAUCGAUCCAUGUGGACAUAUAAUUUGAAUUAAAAAUAUUAAUUUUUAUUAAAAACUCAAGAAACAAAGUAUAACAUAAUUAUGUAGUUAAAUUAUUCAAGUAAUUGAGAUUCUCACUUAUUUGCAACUUUAUUGUUGUAACAUAUGAGUCAAUAAAAAUAUAAUUAAGUGUGACUUAAGUAAAAUUAUAUAUUAUUUAGAAAAAAACAAGACAAAAAAUGAGGAUGUCAUGACGAGUCAGGUCUAAGAGAGUACUCAUCGUCCUGCCCCGCUUAUGGAGUGGGUAUCACCCACUUUAAAGAGAUAAAAUAGAUUAGGUCAAAGUUACCAUUCUAUCCGACAUCAUUGUGAAUAUGCCUGACAUCAUAAUUCCUUCUUAAUUAUGAAUGUGUUUACAACAUUUAGUUCCUCGAAUUGAAGACUUCUAACUGUAGUAAGUUUCGAAUGAUGGAACGUCUAUGGAAUGCAAGAUUCAUGUUUUAGUCAUGAUAAGUUUCCCAUCAUAGAUUGUUCUUCUCUAAAGAUAUUUUGCAUGAUAAUGAUGCUUCAUGUUUGCAUAACUUUUGCCUCCAAAUUUGCUACCAAUAAAAUGAGGCAGUGGAGUCACUGAUAUGGAUAAUGGAUAACAACGUUGUUAAGAAGAAAGAAGAGACAAUUAACAGUGAAGAUAGCAUAGGUAAGUGAUGAAGAUAGUUUAUAUUGUUUAUGGUUGAGAGAGUAACAUGUUGAUGGUGGCCAAUGGUAAAGAAAUCAAAAGAAAAUUGCUCUAAUGUUUGACAAAACAUAGUAAAAUGAAAUGAAGUGUAAUUAAAUUAGGUUUCUUAGAAUUUAGAUUCCUUGCAUUAUUCUUGGUUUUCAUUUCUAUAAAGAACUUCAUAGAUCACUCGGUAUAAUUGUUGGAAAACUCUUUGGUGUAUCUCAUUUUUUCAAUUUUCAAAUAAUUGAAUAUUUCAUAUUGUUUUAUGGUGGCAAAUAAGAAAAUAUAUUAUUUUGUAAAAGUGGUAUCUUUAUAAUUAUACUAUUCACUUAAGCAUGAAAAGAAUGAACUUUGAGAGAAAAUUUGGCAUUAUCAUAAAAUAGAGAAGAAUAUAAAUUCUAAACUAUAAUAAUUAUCAUUAUCAAAUUUCAAUGUGACAAGAGGACAACUGAAAUGAAAAGAAGUCUAAGAAAUUUUUUGCAAUAAUUUGUAAUCCAAAAUAGUUAAAUAAAAUAUGGCUCCUUUGCAUCAUUGCACGGUACCAAGAAAAAGAUAUCUUACUUUAUACAAUUACUAUUAUUAUUUAUACAAUUAAUGAAAUGUAUCCGGCUAGCGGGUCGGAUCUGAAUCUAGUAAAUGAUAGAUACAGUUUUUCCAUUCUCCUAUCGUUUUUCCACUCCGUUAAGUUGAUCGUUGUUUUGUCAUUCAUCAAAUUCAUAGAUAAUCACGUGACCUAUCCUAAUUCCUAAGUUGAUCGUUGUUAACGUAGUACUAACCGUAGCAUUAGUUUAAAGAUAAAAUCAAAUACCCGUACAUAUUUCAUACGUAUUUUACUAACUAAUAUAUCCCCCGACAAAAUACUAGCAUGGAAUGAAAAGCCCAAAUAAUGGUGACAAAAUUUGAGCUGGCCACAUAGAUACCAUUUUCCCAUUCUCCUAAGUUGAUCGUUGUUUUGUCAUUCAUCAAAUUCAUAGAUAAUCACAUAACCUAUCCUAAGCGCCCACCCGGCACGGCGAUCGUGGCGUUCUAUAUAGUUUGAUUCCCCACGGAAUUAUAACCCAGCAGUACUAUAAAACCCGGGACAGACAUCAAAUCCUCCAGAAAAUCACAACCCAAAAUUACAAUAUAUCCAUCCCUUCCACAUUACUGUUCUACUGAUCAUAUAAACAUUGUUCAUAUCAAAUGGCAGUAAUAAUAAUGAACAAAUGCGCCAAGCCCGGUCUAGCUGCGGCGGCGGCGGUGUUGUUGGUGGUGGCAACCCUACUCGUGGCGGCCGAAGCGGAAUGCGGCGUUGACGUCGGAAACGUGGUGAGUAGCUGCGGGCAAUUCGUGAGCAAAGGCGGGCCGAAGACGCCUCCUUCCCCACAGUGUUGCAAUGCCCUAAACGGCGCCGACGUCCCUUGCGCCUGUAAGAACCUCUUGACUCCAACCAUUCAAGGUUUGAUCGACAUGAACAAGGCCGUCUUCGUCGGCAGGUCCUGCGGCCUCUCUAUUCCCGCCGGCAUGAAGUGCGGCAGUUUCAUCGUUCCUUCGCAGAUGCGUCGUUAGAAAGCUGUUGGAGGAUUCAUGGAUAUGGCAGGAUAUGAAUAUCAACCUCGCUAAUGUGGAGAAAGUAUUAUUAUAUUGGUCGUGAACAUUACCUAAAACAAACAUGUUGUUAGUAAUCAAUCCUUAUAUAUGGGUCGUUCGUUGCAUAUAUGUGAAGCAAAAUCGUAAAUUAUUUCGGGUAUUGCCAAAAUUCUAAGGCUAUGUAAUCAAAAGUAAAAAAGUUAUUACUGUAAAAGAAUACUUGAGUUAUUAAAGUAUCUUAUUGUAC